UUGUGUAUGAAACUUUGCUCGAAGGAGUACUUAUUAUUAUCAUUUUGAUGAUGACCUGAUCGAGUCCAAGGUGGCGCAUUUUACUCGUGAAUCGUAACGUACGGAACCAUAAUAGUUUAGGUAGUGGUGCUAAGUAUUCCGUCGUAAAAAAUAAUUGUAUAAUAUAUUAUUAACAAAUUUAUUUGCGCCUGUCGUUUUAUCAAGACUUUGAAACAUAAUCAAUUUCCGCACGAAUAUUUAAGGCAUUAAAUGAUGUUCGUUCGGAAAUGAGCUAAAUUGAAACAAAACAAUAAUGAAGCUCACGAAAAAAUCUAUAAACGACGAUACCAACAUGGCCGAAGAAGUGGACGCAGAGCACGAAAAAUGGCAAAAACUGAAUUUAGGCUCAAAAGUUAAAUAUGUAAUUAGCAACAUCACGGUGGAGCCGCUGCUCGCAUUUUUCAUCGUGUCAAGUGUGCUCGGCAACCUCACCACUCAAAACCUAAACUUACAGAAAUCAUGUAGAGUCAAUUUAAACAUGAGCGACGACAUUUGCACUGCGUUGGAACAACGGAAUAAGACAAAUUACACUAUUGACCAGGAGGCAAAAGUCCAAGAGCUGGUCACCGAUAUGACAAUGUGGCAGUCGGUUAUACAGCACACCAUACCGUGUAUAUUCGUGAUUUUCGUCGGAUCCUGGAGUGACAGGACCCGAAAGAGGAAACCGGUCCUGUUGUUGCCAAUUUUUGGAGAGCUCGUGCGGGUCUUGGGCUUAUUGGUUUGUGUAUUCUAUUUUUACGAACUACCAAUGGAAAUCGCCGGUCUGGUCGAAUCCGUGCCGGGGUCACUAACUGGUGGUUGGAUGAUCAUGUUCAUGGGUGUGUUCACGUACAUUUCAGACGUAACCACGGUGAAAAUGAGAACUCUUAGAAUAGGUGUGCUGAACCUAUCAUUAACCAUAGGGAUAUCUUUCGGUAUAGCCUUGUCUGGUAUUCUGUACCAAAAGCUCGGUUUUUAUGGAAUAUAUUCAAUAUGUUCCACUUUAUACUUCAUGGGUAUACUUUAUGGAUUUUUUUGUCUUAAAGAUAUAAAAAAUAAUGACACACAGGCCGUUUGUGAAGACCCAAAAUUUGUUAAAAAUUCGUCAUUCUCAACAAAUGUAAAGGAAUUUUUUGAUUUAAUACACAUUAAAAAUGCGUUUAGAGUAACUUUCAAAAGAGGAAAUGAUAACAGAAGACUCAGGAUUUUGAUGAUGAUGAUAGUUCUAAUGAUAAUAAUGGGUCCUAUGACAGGUGAAAUGUCAGUUAUGUACUUGUCGACCAGGAUUCGAUUUAACUGGGAUGAAGUCGAUUACAGUAUGUUUUCUACAUUUACCAUGGUCACUGGUUUUAUUGGAACAUCAAUUUCGUUAUGGAUUUUCAAUCACAAAUUGAAAAUGGAUGACGCAUUGAUCGCUGCAAUGGCAUGUAUCAGUAAAGUCAUUGGUAGUUUUGUUUUCGCGUUUGCACCCAAUAAAUACAUAUUUUAUUUGGGCCCUGUUGUAGAAAUUAUUCAUGGCGCUGGUUCCAUUGCAACUAGAUCUAUAUUCACUAAACUUGUCACUCCAGACGAACUUGGUCAAGUAAGUGCUGUAGUCGGAGUUUUUGAGGCUUUUGUACCAAUGAUAUAUGUACCGAUGUACAGUGCAUUUUAUAAAGCAACAAUGAAAACUUUCCCAGGAGCUUACUUCCUCCUCGGAGGUGGAUUAACUAUACCAGCAGUUUUUAUAUUUUUGGAAAAAUCAUGAUAGGCUAAAUACUAAUGUCAAACAACUCAUAACACAAUUAUUAUAUUCGUAUAUCUAUUUUUUUGUUUAUUCCUCUACAUAUUAUGUUUUAAUUAUUAAUGAUCAGUGUUUGUUAAAAUAUAUUGUAUAUUAUAUUGUGAAGGUAAAAAAAAUAAUAAUUUCGAUAAU